CGGCAGCACGGGCAGGCAGUAGGCGGCACGCGGCCGCGAGCAAGGCGCCACUGGGCCCGCCCGAGCCAGCAGCUGGCUCUGUUUACAAGCCGCGCCUGCACUUGCGGGCCCCGUGCGCUCGCUCGCUGCAGCACGCAACUCAUUUUCUAUUCGACGCUGUGAAUUUUUAAGUUUGCGAACCAACACCGACGUUAGAUAGAGGUACUUGAAUGCUUAUUAAAGUCGACUCUCGCCCGAGAGAAGUCGUAGUGCAAUAUUUUAGUGUCACGAAUCGCUCAGAGCACAAGCAUCGAAUCCAAAUUUUCAUUCGAGUGAUAUCACUACUUCAUAAAUAUGGGUGCUAAAGAAAGCGUGGAGGCUGCUAAAUUUUCUGCGCAAAAUUGGAACAAUUUUGAGCAUGGCGCCAGUGUGAGGCAUCAGCACCGGCACGGCACUCAGCGGUCGCAGAGUCUCAACCGCGGCCACUCGCUCUCGCGCUCCGAUGGCACCUGGUGACAUCACGGAACCGCGGGCAGCAUAGUGCAGUGCGCCGAGUGCGGAACACGUACGAUGGGCAACAAGCUAUCGGCGUGCUCCUGCGCACCCAUCCUGCGCAAGGCGUACCGCUAUGAAGACAGCCCGUGGCAGAACUCGCGCCGCCGCGACGGACACCUACUACGACUAUGGGCGGAAGUGUUCCACGUGUCCGCGUCCGGCGCGGGCACGGUCAAGUGGCAGCAGGUGUCGGAGGACCUGGUGCCGGUGAACAUCACGUGCGUGCAGGACUCGCCGGAGUGCGUGUUCCACAUCACCGCUUACAACUCGCAGGUCGACAAGAUCCUCGACGUGCGGCUAUUGCAACCUGGUACUCGUAUCGGCCAAGCAUCAGAAUGCUUCGUGUACUGGAAGGACCCCAUGACCAACGACACGUGGGGCCUCAACUUCACCUCGCCCAUCGACGCCAAGCAAUUCAAGGAGUGUUGCUCACCAUCCUUUAAAUUCUCGCGUAAGGCAUCUUCGAGCUACAGCCUAAAGCUAGAACCGCCGGGCAGCAAGCAGAAGAUGAAAGCCAAGAGGAAACCGCUCUCCACGCCGGCCAGUCCUAAUCGAUCCAGUUUGAACUACCGCGAGCCGCAGUGCACGUGCAUGUCGCAGGAGCAGUAUGCACGGCUCAGGGCCCAAGAUCCACGAUACCGUUCCUCGACAUUGCCACGCACGUCAGCGCGGGCCAUGGAAGCGGAGGCGAGUGCGGCCGCCGCACGCACCGACAAGGUGGCUGCGGCGACGUCGUCCACGUCGUUGUACGACAACGUCACCGGCUCGCAACCAGCUCAUCAGCCGCCACCAAAACCUGCAGCUCGCCAGACUGACUCGCAGCCACCGACGCGCCCCCCCAAGUCUCAGGAAACAUCCACUAUGACCACCAAUACUUCGACGGCGCCUAAAACUGUUACCGCCUCCGUCGGCACACAUGGCACAAAUACCAACGAAGAGUCCCAAGCGUCGGGCGGGGCCUCAGCGCAGCAUGGCCAGGACCUGAAGUCCGAAGGCGUACAAGCUGGCGGAACGCUCACAACAUCCAAGUCCUCGUCUACAUCCACCAGGCCCGGCAAGGAACAUCUGCAGCACACCAAGAGCAUCGACUAUGGAGAUGGAAACGAAUCGUCGCGGGAAUCGGACCGUCACUCGAUGCACCAUCAUAACGUCAUCAACAACAACACCUCGGGCUCGCGUCGCACAAAGUCAAAGAGCACAGAAGAUAUGAAUAUGGAUUCAAGCACACUAAAACGCAUGCUCAAGCCGAUGCCCUCAACGGAGAGUCCGGUGACGUCGCCAGAGAUGGGCCGACGGCGCUACGGCGGCGCGGGCCCGUGCCCGCCCACGUGCGGCGCCCACCCGCACCGCCACGGCCCGCAUCUGCACCACGCGCAUCAUACGCACGCCGCCAAUAACAACAGCCGACAGACCUCCCAGCGGUAUUCCUCUGAUAGCCGCGGCGUGGGAGUCGGCGCCGCACCGAGCGGGUACCCCGGCCGCGGCCUGUACCUGGAGCUGGGCGGUGGAGGGGAGCGGGACAUGUCCCCGCCGUCGGACAACGUCAUGUUCGACAACCAGUGCUACGCGACCACGCCCUCGUCGUCCAACGGCAACUCCGACCAGGAGCCGUGCCAGCGGCGGGAUGGCAGGCAACACCAUCAUCCGCAGCAAAAGCCUUGCUUAUCCCGGCAAGCAUCUCAAUCCAGUGCCACGCCCGCACCCGGCUCGCCCACCUCGCGCCUGCUUCUCGAGUAUGAGAUGCAUCUCCGCAACACGUUGGCUAAAGGCAUGGACGCUGAGAGCUACAGCCUUCACACCUUCGAAGCGUUGCUGAGCCAGAGCAUGGAGGAUCUAGGUGAGUGUUUCCACGAAUACAACGACAAUAUGCCGCCUUCGAAUCCGCGAAGCCCAUAUCCACCGCGACGUCGACCGAACCAAGAAUCCGUUCUACACUAUUUGAGAAACCUUACGGAGGCAGCCUUAAGGGCUAGAGGAGGUCCGACGACGCAGUGUUCCGGCGGCGGCAGCCGGUCGUCCACGCUGCCGCUGCCGCACCGGCUGGGCGUUGAGAGACAGCACAGCGCGCGAUCUGACCGCGACGGAUAUUACAGCGAUCGCAACGAGCUUAUGCGGGAGCGGGAGCGAGAGCGGGAGCGGGGAUACUUAAGUGAUCACAGUUCAAGAGACCGUAUUAGGGACCGAGAUCAAGGGUACCUGAGCGACCAUCAAUCAAGUUUUGUAAGCGCCUCCCGCUGCGCGUCCUGCAUCGGCGAAUCUGCGAGGGCGGCGUGGUACCGGCACUCGGACGGCUGGCGGGGCGCGCCCCCGCCCGGCCCGCGCCGCUCCCCCUGGGAUUCCCUGCCCAGCCUAAGGCAUGAGGGCAGCCUUAACGACUCUGGCUACAGGAGUAACAGAGCUGACAGCUUCGAACAGAGGGGCGUUUUUGAUCGGCAAGACAGCGUCCGAUCGGAGUAUACCAGCGAUCGAGAAUCAUCGCGCUACGGGAUAGUGCAGCAAGCCUCUAUCGACAGCACUGACUCCAGAAUAUGUUAUCUGACAUCUAGCGAGAUAUCGGACGAUGAUCGUAUGUCACUGACGACGGCGGUGUCUGACGAAGAGGACCCCGGCGAGAGCGCGAUGAACUCGCCGUACAAGGGCAAGCAGACGGGCGCUGCGGCGGCCUCUUUUAACUGCACCGGAGCUGUUAGAAAAGCUGGUUUCCUGAGUGUGAAGAAGUGGCUGCUACGCAAGAAACAUCAGAUCGAAUUAGCCCGAAAACGAGGUUGGAAGGGCUAUUGGGUAUGCCUAAAAGGCACCACGCUCCUGUUCUACCCGUGCGACUCGCGGGAGGGCCGCUCCGUCGAGGCGGCGCCCAAACAUCUGAUCAUUGUUGACGGAGCCAUUAUGCAGCCCAUCCCUGAACAUCCGAAGCGUGAUUAUAUAUUCUGCUUGAGCACCGCGUUCGGAGAUGCGUAUUUAUUCCAAGCACCUUGCCAAGUGGAGUUGGAAAAUUGGGUGAACAGCAUACACAGUGCCUGCGCAGCAGCCUUCGCUAGGCAUCGCGGCAAGACCGGCACCCUCCAUCUGCUUCAAGAAGAAAUCUAUCGUCUCGAGAAAGCCAUCGAAUCGGACCACAAACUGAAACACAUGGCGGACCUGCAACAGUCCGUGGUGUCGGACCCCGAGACGCGGGCACAGCUGGCAGUGCAGAUGCUGCAGUGGGAAGAAAACCUGGAAAGGCUGCAUUGCGAACAGUUCCGACUGAGGUGCUACAUGGCCAGCUUACAGAGCGGCGAGCUACCUAACCCUAAGUCACUGCUCACACACGUGUCCCGCGGCACAAAGAGCACGCUGAACAAGCUGGGCGUGUUCACGGUGUCCUCAUUCCACGCCUUCAUCUGCGCGCGCUCGCCUUCGCUGCUGAAUAACCUGCUGGCCGGCCGCGGCGCCACCAAGCGCAGGGCGCCGAACCUCUCGCGCUCCAACUCAGGCUCCAGCCGACGGUCUAUGCAGAUGUCACGCGACGAAGGCGAGGCUGCGGUCAGGGUGUCCUUACCAGAGGGCACGACCGCAACAGUGGGGGUCCGCGAGGGCAUGACGGUGGAGGAGUUUUUGGCGGCCGCCUGCGCCCGACGCUCGCUCAACGCGCUCGAACACUUCGUCAGAGUGAAGAAACGCCGUGACAUGGAGGAUCACAAUUACUUCGUGCCGCAUCGUAGCGACCUCAUUGAGACUUACUUGCACACACACGAGGUAGUGGAGGUGUGCGCCAAGAUCCUGUACCAAGUGGAGCUGCAAAGGAACACGCUAGAGCAGAUGUGGGGCUUCAGCGUGGAGGCCGAGCUGAUCGAGAACGCCGAGCGACAGGACGAGCUCUGCUGCUACGUCAGCCGAGUCGAGGAUAAGAGUGUCGCCAUGCAAAACGGUAUAAUCAAAGGCGACGAGAUAAUGGUGAUCAACGGAGCGAUCGUAUCUGACCUAGAUAUGAUGUACCUGGAGAGCGUGUUGCAAGAGGAACUCUCGCUCGUCAUGAUGAUGAGGUCUUCGCGCACGGAGCCGCCCGAGCUCGCGGGCAUGAUGCGAGCGGCCACCGACGACAUAAUCGACUCGCUCGUGUGCCCGCCGCCGCCCAGCGACCCGCCUGUCAUCUCCGACGACAUGAUCUCCGGUCUGAUCGUCCCGGCACCGGCUUGGAGUAAGGAGUUGUAUAGCCCUGAUGCAGACGGGCACGGAGACGUGUCCGGCCCGCCCAAAGUCAGCUCUCGGACCAACUCCUUCGAGAUCGAAAACCUGCUCAAGAAGUGUCCGCGUGGUCGUCAGAGCGCGGAGCAAGUGACGGGCUGGUGCCGGUCGCCGGCGGAGACGCGCCGCGGCAGCCCGACGGGCAGCGUGGCUAGCGCCGCCGCCGGGACGCCCUCACGACACCUCUCUGACGCGGACAAGCUGAGGAAAGUGCUGUCGGAACUCGUCGACACCGAACGCGCUUAUGUCAAGAACCUAAACAAUUUAUUAGAGAAUUACUUGGAGCCUCUGAAAAGGGAGACUUUUUUAUCGAACGCCGAGAUCAACGCGCUGUUCGGAAACAUCCAGGAGAUUGUAACGUUCCAGCGGCAAUUUCUGCAAAACUUAGAGGAUGCGCUUAAAUCGGAGACCAACUUCCAUCACUUUGAAUUUUCAAACCAAUUUAAGAAUAUUCUGUUCGCGGUGGGAAAUGCCUUCCUCUACUACGUAAAUCAUUUUAAAUUAUACAGCUCGUUCUGCGCUAGUCACAGUAAAGCACAAAAAGUUUUACAUCCAAAUGAAGGCAAUCAGGCAUUGCAAGAAUUCUUGGCUGCCAGAAAUCCAAAACAACAACAUUCGUCAACUUUGGAGUCGUACUUAAUUAAACCAAUUCAGCGGAUACUUAAGUACCCAUUACUGCUCCAGCAAUUGAGAAAUUUGACUGAUGCAAAUUCUGAAGAACAUCUACAUUUAGUAGAGGCUUUGAAAGGCAUGGAGAAAGUUGCUGAACACAUCAAUGAGAUGCAACGAAUACAUGAAGAAUAUGGUGCUAUAUUUGAUCACUUGUUUAGACAACACCAAAAGUCUUGCAAGCAACCAAUAGAUCUAAGUCCUGGUGAUUUGUUAUAUUACGGGGGUGUAGAAUGGUUAAAUAUUUCAGACUUUUUAGGUAAAAUAAAGAAAGGAUUGGAACUGCACGCUAUGUGCUUUGUAUUUAAAUCAGCCGUUGUCUUCCUCUGUAAAGAAAGACUGAGACAAAAGAAAAAGUUAAUGGGAGUAUCUUCAAAGAAUAAUUCAAACGAGGUAGAAAUAAUUCGAUAUCAAGUGUUGAUUCCCGUGACAGAGGUCCAAGUUAGGGCCUCGUCAGCGAAGGAUAUGGACAGUCACUUCCUUUGGGAGCUCAUCCAUCUCCGCAGUCAGCUGCAGCGGCGCUCGGAGAAGGUCUACGUUCUGUCAAACAGUACCGCAGAUUUCCGGAACGCGUUCCUCAAGACGAUUCGACAGAUCAUUCGCGAGUCUGUGCGCAACAUGGCGCUUCCCACGAACCGGCCGGCUCCCAUGCCUCCACGAGCACCGCACACGCUCGAGCGAGACCGCCCUAAACACCAGGUGCAAGUCAUGCAGGGAUCUCAAACACUCGGAAAAACGAAAAAACCUAAAACCUCGGGGCAGCGGUUAUCAGCCGGCAAUAUUGAGGUCGGCGACCUUUCGCGCGAAAACUCCCAAGAUGCCGAAGAGCCGCCUCAAGAGGUUGCAGACGAGCCCGCGUUCCGGCACCGGAGCAAAACGCUCGGGGACGCGGCCGGUGAGUCCCGGAAAUAUACCCAAGCCAGUGUAAAGCGUGCGCCGCCGCCGCCGCCGCCCGACACCGACAAGUCCGACCCCGGCUCCAAGUCGGAGGGAGAGGACGAGCACCCGCAACCUCCUCCCAAGCGAGGGUUAGGCAGAACUCCCAACCAUCUGACAUUAAGCACGACGUCGACGCUGAGUGCCGGCAGUACCGGCAGCCAGGCAAAGUUGAUCCAGUCCUCGCACCAGCCCACGCAGUACCAACCUACUAUGGUCAAAGAACUUGGAUCGCCCGUGUGGAAACCGCGCGACAUGUUGAGCGAGGCGAGCGCUGGGGCCGGCGGGGCGGGAGCGGCGGGCGGCGCGCCCUCCGCGCCCACCACGCUGCCCCGCUCGCAGCGCCCCGCGCCGCGCGCGCACCAUCUCUCCGCGAGCCGCAAGUCGCUCGCGCCGGACCACCGACACUAGACUCCCGCGACCACGACCUUCUGUCCCUCUCCCAAUGUAUGACCUCCGACUGAGGAAGCUUCGAUUACCUCGAAGUUCCUUCAGGUCAGUCGCUCGUAGAUAUCCAACUUUCGUCACCCCAGUGGGUCCCGUUAGUGGGUUAAAAUGUGUGAAUAAUUCUCACUGCCUAAGUGGGGCUGAUUUUAGCUAAUGAUGAAGUUAAAUCCGUUUUAUACUGUUAAAAUUACAUACAACAGCAAAGAUUCUCUGUUAAUCAUUACAAUCCCAAUGCGAUGUAUGUAUAUUGUUUCGCGAUUUUCUUGUUUUACAUAUCUAAACCUAAUUCGGCACAACCUAUUUUUUCUUCCCUGUUUAUAUAAUCUAAGUCUCACCGUACUAUAUUUUUAAUGUGACUGACUCGUGAUAUAUCAAUCGCGUUGUUAAUUUAUUAAGAAGCCUCUAAGGAAUUAAAAGAAAAUAUUAAUUCAGUGAGCCCUUCGCACUUUUCUGUUCACCCAUGAACUUUUACAUGGUUUACACACCAUGUGAACUAGAUAAUUGAUCAAUUUGUUAUUCACGUUCGUAACAAUAUUAUUUAUUAUAUUUGAAAUUGGUUAAAAUUUAAUUUAUAGUUAAAAUGCAUAGUUUCGUUUCGUUACCUAAUGAAUGUUGAUUUCUCCAGAAAACAAAGCUCAAAUCAUGUUGCGUCCCUACAUUCAAUUCCAGUACCAAAAGACUGGAAAUUGCGAGUAAGUACGCACUUAUGAAUAUAACUUGUCGACGAAUACGUACCUAAUUAAUUAAGUUACUUUUUUACUUCAAAAUAAAAAACUCAUCUGUGCCACAAUACAAAAUCGUACCUUAAUAUUUCCUAGUAAAUGCACUUCCUAUUGAAAUUAGAACUUACCUACAACUGUCACAUCUAAAUAAAAAUACGUAGGUACCGUUAAACUGAUAGAAUCUAAGUUUCAUUUCGACCUAACAUAGCUUAUGCUAUUUUGAUCGCGCUGCUGUUAUGCUUACUGACUGGGAUGGUAAACUCUUUCCCUACAUAAUGUAACUAAAGCCCCAAUUUCACCACGGUGACAGGUGCGACAAUUGUAAAAUAUCACUGUUACUGACGUCACAAGCAUCCACGGGCUACGGUUACCACUUACCAUCGGGCGGGCCGUAUUCCCGUUUGCCACCAUCAUUGUAUUAUUAAUAAACACCUUAUUAUAUCGGAAACACAGAUAUUUCUCUUGCUAAGUUUAUGACAAUUGUCACAAGAAACACUACAAUUGUCACAAAAUUCCGACACACGAGUAUGCCGGGUAUAACCUGACAAGAAUUACCUACAAUUCUUCUAAAUCUUGACAAUUGUCAGAAACUUCGCAAGAGAAAUAUUUGUUUUUUCCAAUAUAGUAAGGUUUUUUUAAGAAUAAUGAUGAUGGCAAACAGGAAUACGGCCCGCCCGAUGGUAAGUGGUAAUCGUAGCCCAUGGAUGCCUGUGACGUCAGCAACAGUUAUGUUUUUCAAUUCUCGCACGUCACCGAUGUGAAAUUGGGGCCCUGGUCAUCUCAUACGAUUUCAAAGUCAUCUGGCAAACAGUAGUGCUUUUAAAUAGGUCUUGUAUAAAAUAAAUGACAAUAUCAAUAGAAGGCAAAAACUGAAGUCACAUUCCAGUUUUUGUUACACUGAUAGUAUAAAAUAAAUCUUGUAUUAUAUUUUAAACCAUUAAACUGAAGAGAUAUCCAAUAAAGACUCUAGCGACAUUAUAUUUACCUAGUAUUUUAAAUGUGACUCAUUUUGUUACUUUAUUGUGUAUAUUAGGAGUUAAAGAGAGUGUUUGGGUGCAUCUUCCUACACGGACUUCUGUGCCAAAUUAGGUACUCACUCUACCUAUGCUUUAUAAUACUCACAGACAAGAUAACAUAAAUAAAUACUUGUAUUGUAAGAGUAGUUAGCUGUAAUGUACUUGCGUUUCAUUUGGUCGCAUUUGCAAUGCAAAACUCACUACCCUAUAGUUCAAAAUGCACACACCCUAAUGGAAAAGUACACUAGGUAGUUUUGAUAAUAAUUUCUCUUCGUGAUCAAAUUCGAAAGUUCUAUCAUAGGCUAGGCGAAUGUAACAUCUUUCCUAUACACAAUUGUGUUGUUUUGUUUGGCAAUAAAACCAAUUUUACCACAAGUUUCUAUAGUAUAUGCUUAUUGUAGAUGUGUUAAUUGACAUCAUGGGUUGGUUGAACUGAAGAGUAGACGUUUGCUCCGUUUUGUCAGCUGCUGACGUACCUUGUAGACUACUUGCAGUGGCUUUCAAAUUUUACAAAUUGAUUUCGCUUUGAUGUCACUAUCGUUACGUGCAAGUGAGAACAUCUGUUCUACAAGAUAAGUAUGUCAAGAUAAUUCAAAUUGUGAAGUUUGAAUGUCGCUCUUGAGUUGCGCGAGCCGCAUGGGCGCCGAGUUGUGAUAGUACCUACUCUGUUAGAGGCGAGCAGCUAAGACAACCUAAAAUUUUCUUAGACUAAAGGGGCCCACUGAUUACCAUUCCGCCGGACGAUAUCGGCCUGUCAGUUAUUCGGAGCUGUCAAAUAUUUGUUCAAACUGACAGGUCGAUAUCGUCCGGCGGCCUGUUAAAUCAGUGGUCGGCUUAACAAUAUUUUUUAAGUAUUUCAAAAUAGCUACGAGUAUGGCGUGACACAUUCCAAUGAACAGAGAUCGUGAAGAUCUAUAAAAUGAUAUUUGCUUGUAGUACAAUAAUGUAACCUUCAUACUAGCAUUAAUUUAAUGCGAGGGCGUAGGAACACAAAAUAGUUUAAGCUACGCCACUAACAGAGGGGGCAUUAUCGUCACUUAGGACAUAUCACCAGCGGAGUGAUCGGUAUCGUCUUGGGUCGUCCAAUUCGUUUUUCGUCAAUUUGUUAAAUUAGUCCUAUUCUGCUUUCGUCACUCAUUCUACAUUGAAAGCCACCGACGAUUGUGACGAAUGUAGAAUGAGUGACGAAAGCAGAAUAGGACUAAUUUAAGAACUUGACGACAAACGAAUGGAACGACCCAAGACGAUACCGAGUGAUCGUCUAGGAUAUACUUCCGUAGUUUUUCUUGCUCGUUCCGACACCUAUGUUGAACAUAUUUUACAGUUACCUCACACUAAAUAAUAUUGUAUAUUUAUUAAUAAUUACUAUGUAGAUUGUGCAAUUAUUUAUGAAUUAUGACCACAAAACAUGAGUAUAUAUUUUGACUUUACGUGCCGUUUAAAUGAUUGUUUUGUGAUUUAUUAAAAUAAAACCUGUUUAUUAAUAUACAUAUGUUAAAAUAUUCGAAUUUAAUAAUUACGAACUUAUACAAUCAAUUUAUAGAUAUUAUUAUACUAAGAAAAUAUAAUUAAUAAAAUGAAUAAACAAAUAUGAGUGAAAAUGAAGAAAGCUCAUUAAUUGCGAAUGUAUUUCAUACUUCAAUGACAUUUGAAAGUAACGUAGGGAAAAUGAGUGAAUAUUUAGAAAGACUUAUUGAAGUAAAUACGAAGGUAAAUACCCUAAUGUUAUAAUAAGUAUUGAACUUUUAUAAGUUUGCGUUGUAUAGUUUAUGACAUAGUUUCAUUUGUGCAUCGUGUAUAGUGAAUCGUUUACUCGCAUGUGUAUUUGUAUUUGAAGCAGAAUAAUUUUCUACCCGUUUGUGAUAAUUGUGUGAAUUGACAAACUACUCCACUGAUAGUGCACAUUAGCUAUCUGAAACUAAAUUUACCUAACUGAGACACAGAAAAUAACGAAUAAACUUAUUAGUUUUGAGUUACAAUCAUUUUAGUUGCUCGACUCUUACUUGGACCUGCAUUGAGACGCCGACAGCGCUCGGUGUAUAUUGAUACUUUGCUCAGUAAUGUUCAUUUCACUCGAAAGCCUAAAAUGAAAAGUGCCUUCACAUAUUUUGGGAAAGCAAAGUGCACGCACCCUUCCUGAAAUGUGAACACUGCGCUUGUGGCAGCAGUUUGUCAACGCCCGCCUCCCGUCAUUCUUUAUAUGUAUUUAUAAUUGAUGUAUGUAAUUGACUCGUUUCAAUGUUCGUUUUGUUAAAUUUUGUGACGAAUAUGGAAAUUACUUUUUAUUGCUUAUGAAUAAAUAUGAAAUACAAGUUGA